AUGUGGCAGCUUAUCAUCCUUAAACCCUAAACAUAACCUAAACCCUAUCACCAACAAUGGAGCGUAACUGACCAAACCUUAACCACGUCGCUUCUAUUCUCCAUGGCCAUCACUACCUUAAAAUUCGCCUGCAAACCCAAUCUCCUUCUUCGCUCCGUUCCCUUCCAAUGCGUCCGCAAGGUUGUGCCAAAAUCCCUCCCUACGCUCCAGGCAGAGGAAUGUAGCGUCCCUACUCGUGAACACGGCAAGAGAACCCGCGAAGAACUCAUAUUAGAAAAAAAUAAGGUCCCGGAAUGGAAGAAGUUGAAUUCCAAAGAGCUUGGACUUCGAAAUUCCAUGAUAGCAACUCCAACCAAAAAGGUUCUCAACGUGCUAAAGAAAAAGGGGCAUGAUGUAUACCUUGUAGGAGGUUGUGUUCGGGAUCUCAUAAUAAAGCAAACACCAAAAGACUUUGAUAUUAUAACUUCAGCGGAUCUUAAAGAGGUGAUGAAAACAUUUUCAUGGUGUGAGAUAGUUGGUAAAAGGUUCCCAAUAUGUCAUGUUCAUAUGGACGGUACCAUUGUUGAGGUUUCAAGUUUUAAUACUGCUAGAUGCAAGUCAAGUAUGCACUUCACUCAUGAUAUUGAAGCACCUAUUGACUGUGAUAAGGAGGACUAUCUUCGUUGGGGGAAUUGUUUGAAACGAGACUUUACAAUUAACGGGUUGAUGUUUGAUCCAUAUGAAAGAAUUGUGUAUGAUUACAUGGGAGGAAUGGAAGAUAUCAUAAAAGCUAAAGUGCGAACAGUGGUUCCUGCAGCUAGUUCUUUUCGGGAGGAUUGUGCUCGCAUUCUACGUGCAAUUAGAAUUGCUGCUCGCUUGGGAUUUAGUAUCUCACGUGAAACAGCUCAAUCUGUUAAAAGUCUUUCAUAUUUAGUUUUAAGACUAGACAAGGGUAGACUUCUGAUGGAAAUGAAUUAUAUGCUAGCUUAUGGAUCUGGUGAAGCUUCUUUGAGGCUAUUAUGGAGAUUUGGACUUCUAGAUAUACUUCUCCCAUUUCAGGCUGUUUAUUUUGUUCGCGGUGGAUUUCGAAGACGGGACGAAAGAACCAAUUUGCUUUUGUCUUUCUUCUCCAAUUUGGAUCAACUUUUGGCACCAAACCGGCCAUGUCAUAGCAGCUUAUGGGGAAAUGUCUCAGAAAGAAUGGUUGCUAUCUUUGCUUUACAUAAAGCAUUGAGUGAUAAACCAAGGGAUUCCUUGGUGGUUGCUGCAUUUAGCUUCGCACUCCAUAAUGGUGGAAAUUUGUCAGAAGCAAUAGACAUAGCUAGGAGGAUCAACAAACCACAUGAUGCCAGAUUUCCUGAAUUAUUAGAUUCUUCAGGUCUGGAUAAAGAGGAUAUGGAAGAUGAGAUUCUGGAGCUUGCAGAGUCUGUUAAAGGGUCAUUAUUGCAGAUGACAACUAGGCAUUUGGUAUCUGAGGCAAUGGCUGACUAUCAUGAAGCUCCUUAUUCAGAUCUGGUACUCAUCCCAUUAGCAAUGUACCUAAAAGCUCUCAGCUUUUUUGACUGUGUGAAAGUAAAUGCUGGUAAGAAAUUUUUGUCAAAGCAAGGUAGAGAAAUUGAUUACGAGUCCUUAGCUCGUGGUGACUUGCAAGAAGUACGGCAUGUGUUUGCAAGAAUUGUAUUUGAUACCGUAUUUCCAUUACACCUAUGUCAAGAUCAGUCCUAAAAGAGCACUGGAUUUCAUGAGGCUAGUUUGAAGUUUUAUUAGAAAUUCUGGGAAAAUUGAUGCUGCACUUGGAAUUCUAUCAAGGGUAAUAGUCGUUGAAAAUUGGAACAAUGUGUGGUGAAGGUCUAGUGCCAGCAUUUGGCAUUUGAGAUUGGGUCUUGCAGGAAUUAUCAUUGACUUUGUCAUGAGCCAUGACAGGCUAAAUAGGCAGCGGAUAAAAGAGGGAAACAGUUUCCACCCGCAAAAAGAUUUUCCCCCCUUUUCCUUUGUUAUUAUACAAAUAAUUCUUUUAUCGAAUAUCAAUCUUAUUUUCUCA